AUGGGUAAAAAGAAUAAAAAAGGAGGAAAAGGACGUUUGGAUAAGUAUUAUCAUUUAGCAAAGGAACAUGGCUAUAGAGCUCGUUCAGCCUUCAAAUUAAUACAAUUGAAUAAAAAGUAUAAUUUUUUAGAAAAAUCAAAAUGUUUGAUUGAUCUUUGUGCAGCACCCGGUGGUUGGUUACAAGUGGCUAGUAAAUAUAUGCCUAUGUCAAGUUUAAUUGUUGGAGUUGAUCUUGUACCAAUUAAACCAAUACCAAAAAUUAUCACUUUACAAGAAGACAUUACAUCUGAAAAGUGUAGAAGUGCUUUAAGAAAUCAAUUAAAAACAUGGAAAGCUGACGUCGUGUUACAUGAUGGUGCUCCAAACGUUGGUAUAUCAUGGAUACAAGAUGCUUAUUCUCAAUCAGAGUUAACUUUAAAAGCGUUGAAAUUAGCUGUUGAAUUUUUAACUAAAGGAGGAAUAUUUAUAACAAAAAUUUUUAGAUCAAAAGAUUAUAAUAAUUUAUUAUGGGUAUUUAAUCAAUUAUUUAAUAAAGUUGAAGCAACCAAACCUGCUUCUUCGAGAAAUGUUUCAGCAGAAAUUUAUGUUAUUUGUAAAGAUUUUAUUGCACCGAAAAAGAUAGAUCCAAAAUUCUUAGAUCCAAAAUCAAAAAGGCAGAGAGAGGGAUACGAAGAGGGAGAUUAUACUUUGUAUAAAGAAAUUUCAGUUUUGGAGUUUAUUAAUACUGAUGAUCCUGUAAAAUUACUUGGCAGUGUUAAUAAACUGAAAUUUGAUGAUGAUGAGAUUAAAUUAUCUUGUGAAGAUUUAAAAGUUUUGGGUAGAAAAGAAUUUAAAAAUUUAAUAAAGUGGAAAAAUAAUAUGGAAAAAUUAAGAGAAGAAGAAACUAAAAUUGAAAAAGUAGAAAAAAAUGAUCAAGAGCAAGAAUCGAUGGAUGAAGAUGAAUUGAUUCAAGAAGAACUUGAGAAACUUACAAAAGAGGAAUUAGCACGCAAGAAAAAAUUACGUAGGAAAACGAAUGAAAAACGUCAAAAAAAUACGAUUAAAAUGCAAUUGAAAAUGAUUACACCAGUUGAUAUUGCAUUAGAAGAUUCAAUUAAUGGUGGUGAUGACAGCUUAUUUAAUCUAAAACUUAUCAAUAAAACAGGAUCAAGUGAAAAUAUUGAAAAGAAUGGAACAGUCAAGUCCAAUGGAAAAUCAUUAAAACGUAAAGCUGCUGAGAUUCAGGAUGAUGAUAAUGACGAAGAUAUAGAAAUAGUUCCUGUUGAUAAAGACAGUGAUGAAGAAAUGUGGGAUGCCAAUAUACCUGACGAAGAUGAAAAAAAGAUGAAAAGAGCCCAAAAAAUUGGAUUGAUUACAGCAGAGGCAAUAACACUUGCACAGCAAUUAGUAAAUGGUAAAAAGACAAAAGAAGAUUUGAUUGAUGAUGGAUUUAGAAGAUAUGUUUAUAAUGAUAAGGAAGGAUUACCAUUAUGGUUUGCUGACGAUGAGAAAAAACAUAAUAAACCAAAUCUACCAAUCACUAAAGAAGCUGUAAAUGUCAUUAGAGAAAGAAUGAAAGCUUUAAAUGCUCGUCCUAUAAAAAAGAUUGCAGAAGCCAAAGCAAGGAAAAAGAUAAGAGUUGUUAAAAAACUCAAGAAAUUACAAAAGAAAACUGAUGCAAUAGCAGAUACUAGUGACAUGACAGAAAAAGAAAAGGCCAAUACAAUUUCUAAAAUGGUUGGUAAAAUACAAAAGAAAACUAAAAAAGAUAUUAAACUGGUUGUUGCAAAAGGUUCUGCUAGAGGUAUUAAAGGCAGACCAAAAGGAAUCAAAGGAAGAUACAGGAUGGUUGAUGAAUUAUUGCUGACAACUAUACCAAGAACUAUAAUAUUAUACCCUAACAUUUGA